AUGGCUUAUCAACCGUUUCAACAAGAAUAUAUGGCGAUACCGAUUGGCACCAGAGUUUAUACAACGGGUUGUGUCCUGACGACACUUGCACAACUCGAACUUAUCUCACCAUUUCAACUUUAUUUCAACCCUGAACUUGUUUAUAGACAUUUACAGUUAUGGCGUGUUGUAACAACAUUUUUGUUUUUUGGUACUUUGGGAUUCAAUUUUCUUUUCAACAUAAUAUUCACAUAUCGAUACUGUCGAAUGUUAGAGGAAGGAUCGUUUCGAGGAAGGACAGCAGAUUUCGUCUACAUGUUCAUUCUAGGUGGCUGCCUAACAACUUUCGUUGCUCUCUUUAUUAAUUUAGUUUUUCUUGGGCACGCAUUCACCAUAAUGCUUGUGUAUGUCUGGAGUAGGAGAAAUCCUUACAUUAGGAUGAACUUUCUUGGAUUGAUAAACUUUCAAGCACCUUAUCUGCCGUGGGUUCUACUAGGGUUCUCUUUAUUGUUAGGCAACUCUAUUGCAGUGGAUGUCAUAGGCAUUGUCGUUGGUCACAUAUACUUCUUCCUUGAAGAUGUUUUUCCAAAUCAGCCUGGUGGGUUCAGGGUCCUGGAAACUCCAAAGAUCUUGAAAUGGUUGUUUGAUACUCCUUCAGAGGAUGAGAACUACCGACCGAUGCCCGAAGAUCAGCCUGGUCCCGGCGGAUAUGAUUGGGGCCGCGAGGAAGAUUAA